AUGUCCAAGAAAUCAGUAGUAUCCAAUGCAUCAUUAAACACUCUUCUUGAGCCGGGCGAUAAUAGAGACGAAGCCUUUUCUAGCGGGAGUCAGCUUGAUACAAAAUUUGGUCCAUCGAAUCCACCUUAUUCACAGAACAAAGGCGCUAAGGGUAACUAUGCGGUGUCUAAACCUUCGAGUAACACCUUGGGAUCAUUGUCAGAUUACAAAGCAAGAUCGAUAUUGGACAACAACAGAGACAAGCCUGCAUUGAAUAAUUUUGACAACAACCCUGCCAGUAAGCUACCAAAUUAUCCAUUACCGCAUAAUAGUUACAGUUCAUACUUCACAAACAUUGUCAAUAAGGUCAACGGCACAAGUGAACAACCAAACAAGAUGCUGUCUCCAGACUGGACUCUGAAUAAAGAAAUACCCAGAGAGUUGUCAUUCGACAUUGACACAAUUAUCAGCCAGGAGAUCCCCAGACCAGACGAUAAUGCCAAAGUGCAGAACACCAAUUUUACUCCCAAGGACUCUGACUGGUCGAAGCCGUCUAAAUUCCCUUCGCAGGGUCAACCAAUAAAAAAACUGUCUACUCUUUUCCCUACGCCGAUGACAGCGUUGCCGUACCCCACCUCGAGGCCCCAGACAGGCAACAACACGCCAGUUUCGUCCUCAUCGUUCUACAUGCCGCAGAACUUCGGCUCCAACUACAGCAACUCUCUAAACUACGCGCCAUUCAACCUGGCCACGGACUCGCCGGUGAACCCGGGCACUCCCCCAAACCUGGCCUCGCAUGCCAGCUUCUAUUCAACCUCGAACCCGACCUCGAACCCGGCCACCGCCAGACCAACCAGUGCCAACAAGGACAGGCCCAUAGGCCAGACAGCCAACAUAGAAGCUGCUCUCGGUGUAAACCAGAGCACGACGCCCAAUUUUAUUGCCAAUCUCGAACACGCCGCCAGCGUCGCCGACACGCAGAUCUCGGGCUUCAACCAACAGUACGGGAACAAACUGUACAAGAACAGCGCGCUUGCCAACAGCGGAAACAGCCUGAUCAAGCCACUCCUUCUGGACAACUCGCUUAUUGGGUAUCAUGCGAUGUUGCAGAACCAGAGCCAAGGCCAGACCCAAGCGCAAGGCCAAACCGGCAGCCGGACGCCAGUUGGUGGAGGGUCGCGCACGAACCUGAUAUCCAACGGGUAUCCGACGCAGGCUGGACAGAACUACAGCAGCCCCGCGAUGGCAAAUACCGACAGCACGUUCAUGAACGGCAGCAGUCUGACGCCGAUUCUGCCGGUCACGUCGGGCCUUUCUACCGGCAGUCUCGGCAGCUUGCCGCCAUCAGCGAACGGCAGAUCCAAAGUAGUGAACAUCCUUGAUUCCUCUCUGGGCAAGCUCCCCUUCAACACUAACGACAGCGCCAGCAACAACGGUGGCAUCGCGGCUGCCGGAUCACAACAGCAGCUGCAACAGCUCCCCUUGGAGCAACAGCUGUACAUGGACAGCAAACUGAUGAGCACCAUCUCGAAGAAGCACAAGCGUGGGUACUACAAGUGCACACACUGCCCCGAGACGUUUGCCAGUAUCUUCGAGUACGCCAAGCACAUGGACAGUUUUGGCAUCCGCCGCGAGUACAAGUGCCCAUUCGAGCUGUGUCCCUGGAAGAUCCUCGGCCUUCCGCGGCGGUCGGACCUGCGCCGGCAUUGUGCCAUCCAGCACAAAGACGAGCUGUCCGACACGCUGAAGAAAGAACUGAACCUGAACGACGAGAUGUACCCGAUCCUGGACUGUCCGCACCAGUACUGCGACAAGACCUUCAUCCGGAAGGACUCGUACAACCGCCACUUCAGCAUUGUGCACAAGGAGGCGAACUCGCGGUUCAACAAACGACUAGCGCAGGUCCUGGAGACAUGCCCUAGUUUCGAUGACGAAGAUGAGAUGCGGACAUACAUUAAGAACAAGCUCAAAAACUUUAGAAGACGUAGUUCCAAAAAGAAAUAG